AUCUUUUUAAUAAAUUACCAAAAAAAACGGUAAAAGUUAUCGAUGUUUCGUCUAAAAAAAGAAUUUAAUUAAUGAGAAAACGUGCAAACUUUGUAGCGUUUUACCCUUGCAGCGUCUAUACAUAUAGCUCAGUAAGACUUUACUCUUGGCAGCAAGUUGGCAAACGACCUUAAAAGCGCAUGAAUGAUUAACUAGUACGUGGUCUGGUUGGUGUUCAACCAAGUGUACCCGCUGGCCGCUAUAAUGUAUAUGUCCGCAAUGUUGAAGCACGUAGCAAUAAUUUGUACAUGCGCUUAUCUUCUGCCUUACUUUCUUCGAUGGUAUUACUCGAUAACGAUUGACCAGCCAGACGAAGAAUACGAUUUCAUAAUAGUUGGUGCCGGAACGGCUGGUAACGUGAUUGCAAACAGGCUUACGGAACGACCAAAUACAAAAGUACUUUUGUUAGAAGCUGGCGACAACGAUGCACCGAAUAUUUACAUAUCGGUACCAAUGUUGGCACCGUAUGUGCAAGGAACAGACGCUGACUGGAUGUACAGAACCGAACCACAGAAACAUGGAUGCAAAUUAUUGGAAAACAACAUAAGCUUCUGGCCUCGCGGUAAAGUUCUGGGAGGUUCAAGCUCUAUGCAUUAUAUGUGGUAUGUUCGAGGUGGUAAAGACGACUUUGAUUCGUGGGAAAAAUCGGGAGCGACUGGCUGGAGUUAUAAAGAUGUGUUGCCGUACUUUAAGAAGUCUGAACAAGCUAUGCAUACAAAUAUGACAGAAGAUUUUCAUGGCACCGAUGGAUACUUAAAGACUUCGUAUCCUUAUAACUCUGAGUUGGCAAAUCUUUUUGUUAAAGCUGGAGAAGAAUUAGGUUACGACCACACUGACUACAACGGUGAACGAAUGCUCGGCUUUCAUUUAGCUCAGCAAACUUUAUACAAAGGCAGGAGACAAAGUUCGGCCACAAGUUUCUUACAUUCCGUCAUAAAAGAAAGGCGAAAUCGUUUACACAUUGUCGGUCGUGCUCACGUGCGCCAGAUAGUGUUCGAAGAGGGGGAAGACGGAAGAAAGCGAGCAUCGGGAGUAAUCUACGUCAGAGAUGACGUAGAGGUGAAAGUUAGAGCAAGGAAGGAAGUUAUAGUGAGCGGGGGUGCUGUGGGAAGUCCACAACUUCUUAUGUUAUCAGGGAUUGGACCCAAACAACAUCUCAAAGAUACGGGGAUUCCAUUGGUAGCUGAUCUACCAGGUGUCGGACAAAAUAUGCAGGACCAUGUUCAAGUACCAGCGACUUUUCGAGCUGAAACAGAAGGACUGACUAUGGGUGACAAAACGUUUUUAAGCUCGGUACUUGAGUAUGUUAUUGGCAGUACAGGACCGUUGGGCCAUACUGGUGCCGAUGCUCAAGCCUUGGUAAGGUCAACGAUGGCUGAAACAGCAAGCCCUGACAUUCAAUUGGUGCUACUAUCUGCAGAAUGGACAAGGUCAAACAUGAAGCUUUUCAAGAAUGUGUUAAAUCUAAAGCAAGAGUUCGCUGAUAGAUUGGAGAAAUUGGCUGACAAACGCAAUACCAAUACUUUCAGCAACUUCCUAGUGUACAGUUGUUUAUUAAGACCUGUCAGUGUAGGUUACAUAAAGCUUCGUUCCAGCAACUAUUUAGACCAUCCUGUUAUUCAACCAAACUAUUUAUCCAACCAAAAAGACGUGGAUGUUUUAAUUGAAGGUUUUAGAUUGAUUGAAGAUCUUGAAAAAACGGACCAGUUCAAGAAGAUUGGAGCUAAAAUGGAUUUAAGCGCAUUAGGCUGUGGCAAUGAAACAAGGUCGCCCCGGAGCGACCAGUUUUACGAAUGUAUGUCUCGCUCUCUCACGAUGACCAUAUUUCAUCCAAUUGGAACAGCAAAGAUUGGUUCGCUCAGUGACGUCAUGGCAGUUGUGGAUCCGCGUUUAAGAGUUUAUAAAGUGGAGGGUUUACGAGUGGCGGAUGCUUCAGUAAUGCCAAGUAUUCCAUCAGCAAACACACAAGCUGCGUGUUACAUGAUCGGGGAGAAAGCAGCUGAUAUGAUCAAGGAAGACUGGGGAAUUUAGGCAUAACUUAUUUCAUUGCUUGCGCCUUUUAAGUAAUCUGGAAAUAAACAAUAUUCAAAACAAAUAUAGUUUUGCCCUUCUCUAACCGUGUAACUUCUUGGCCUGCUUCAGUAAAAUAUAUAAUUUUUGUUCAAUUCUUUUUCUAACUCUUUGGACUACAGUCUCUCUAAGUCUAGUACAAGAUGGCACCUAUCCACUAAGAUUUCCUGAUUAAAAAGUAAAGUAGUUUUAUUAAGCUAUUGUUCUUUUUAAUAAAAUAUGCUCAGAGGAUGGCGUGUGGAAUCAUUUAGGCUGCGAACAGCAUAUAUUUCAACCCACAACCUAUUUCAUCAUUGCAUAUACAAA